AUGGAGCCCAGGACUAAAUGGAACCGAACUGAAUUGGAUCAAAUAAAACAGAACCCAAACAGCUAUACAAUGGUCAUUCUGUAUGUGACAUCAAUAAUCUGUGUACUUCAUGAUUAUAUCUUGAUAAGUGUUGAUGAGAUUGAAGGAAAUAAGCAAAAAAAGGCAAUUGACAAAGGCAAACACGUUGUCAUGGCCGCACAAGAAGGUUCUACUUUUCAUGUUAUAGAAAAUAUUCCGCUCGGUUACCGAUUCAAGCCGACCGACAAGGAACUGUUACACUACUUGAACCUCAGGAUUCUGAAAAAACAUAUAUCGAUUGAUGCCAUAAAAGAUGUUGAUCUCUACAAGUACCACCGCAGCGAUCUUUGCCAUAAGUUUCUUUAUUUCUCGAUAACUAGGAAGUAUCAUAAAGGUGGUCGGCCGGACCGAACAGCAGCUGAUGGCUACUGGAAAGCCACUGGAGGCGACAUCAUUGUCCGAAGCAAUGGCCAAGAAGUUGGCCGGAAAAAGGUGCUCGUCUAUUAUGAAAGGAAAUCUGGUAAUAACAAUAAAGGAAAAAAGACUAACUGGAUAAUGCAUGAGUUUACGAUUCAUCAAAUGAAGGACGUUGCAUGUUCUUCUACAAAUGCAAUUCCAGAUGACAAGACGUUGGACAAGUGUAUAUGUAGAAUUUACUAUAGAACAUCAAAAUCAAGCAAAAACGUAGAGCAAGACACACGAAGAAAUAUGAUCCCAAUUCAAGAAACUCAUGCCCCUCGUGCAAAUUUGGCAGCAACAUUAUCGUAUCAUUAUCAUAAUCAUGUACCGGCAUGUAAUCAGUUGUCCUUGCAUGGUGCUUAUCUUCCAGACCAACAAGGAAGCAUUUAUGAUCAAUAUCAGUUGGUUCAUGAACCAGUUACGUACAUGCAUGGCGAAGUUGCAAUUCAGAGUAAUAUUCUUCCAUCUCCUCAACCUCUUGCGAACAUUCCUGGUGAUCAAUGCAAUGUCACUCAACCUGAGACCGGUAUGCAAAGCAAUGAUCAGUAUCGGCAUGGUGAUUAUGGUGAUGACUUGGAUUUCACGACUCCAUAUUUCUCGCCUCUAUUUGGUUUUUUGUCGCCAUUGGAUGAUAAUAUAAUAUAUUCUCUUUUCGCCGAUUCAUCCAAUGCCCAAUUAGAGUCUUCGCCAAUUCCACCUGGUCAAUCAAUUACACAAACACAUGGCGUUGUGGGUGGCUCGGGUACAAGUAAUUUUGCAGCUUCCACUGAGGACUUUUAUUUACCUUCUCCUCCAAUAGAAUGGUGUGAGUAA